UAUGCUUAGCAGCCGGUCUUGAAAGUAGAAUUUUUACACAGAUAUUGAAAUACUAAAAAUAAUAAUACAAUCGCAUUAUGACAUCUGUUUAAAAAACUUGAGAUAACUUCCAAUCAAUAUUAAUAUCUGAUAUUCUGACUAGCUAAUUACUGAUCAUGGCCAGUUUAACUAAAAAUUAUAGGACAACGUUAGAACGUAUUGAAAAAUUUAUAUCACCGCUGUAUUUUACAGAUGUAAAUCUUUAUGGAAGACAAUAUCCAUAUAAAACCAGUUUGCCAACCUUAUUGCAUUUUGAUUCGAAUGGUAGAAUACCUUUCAAGGAAGCUAUGGAAAUUGGCAAUUUUACUCCUACUAAAGUAGGUUCAUCUUUUGGCCCUACUUGGACUACCCAUUGGUUUAAGGUACGCAUUGAUAUUCCUGAAAGUUGGUUAGGAAAAGAAGUUCAUUUAAGAUGGAAUGCUGGUUGUGAAAGUAUGAUUUGGACUUCUGAUGGCAUACCUCUUCAAGGAUUAAGUGCACAAGACCGGCAAAGUUUCAUUGUCUGCAAUAAUGCAACUUUAGAAGAUCUCAGACAGACAUUUUACAUAGAAAUGGCCUGCAACACUCUCUUAGGAAGUGGUUCUCCAACCAUGAUUUCUCCUCCUGACCGCAAAAAGUAUUUUACUCUAGAAUUAGCAGAUAUAGCAUGCUUUGACAGGCAGGUUUAUGAUUUGGUAAUGGAUUUUGAAGUACUUCAUGGAAUUGCCAAGCACCUGCCCAAAGAAUCAAUUCGUUGUUAUGAUGCACUUUAUACUGCGAAUGAGAUGAUUAAUAUCAUCCAAACAGCUGAUUUUUCUAGAGAAAGUUAUGCAAGUGCAAAAGAGUUAAGCUCGAAGUUUCUGUCUCAACAUAAUGGUGAAAGUCAGCACAAAAUAAUUGCUGUUGGAAAUUGUCAUAUUGAUUGUGCAUGGUUAUGGCCAUAUGAAGAAACUGUAAGGAAAUGUGCACGUAGCUGGUCUUCUGCUGUUCAACUAAUGGAAAGAUAUCCAAAUUUUCGCUUUGCAUGUUCACAGGCACAACAGUUUAUGUGGGUGAAGGAAAAUUACCCAGCAUUAUAUGAGAAAGUGAAGUAUUUUGUAGCCAAAGGGCAGUUUAUUCCUGUAGGUGGAACUUGGGUUGAAAUGGAUGGUAAUUUACCUGGAGGUGAAUCCUUUGUUCGCCAGUUUCUGUAUGGUCAGAGGUUUUUCCUACAAGAAUUUUGUAAACGAUGCAAAGAGUUCUGGUUACCAGAUACUUUUGGCUAUUCUGCACAGAUCCCACAAAUCAUGAGACUUUGUGGUGUUGAAAGAUUUCUGACUACAAAAUUAAGUUGGAGUUUAGUUAAUAAAUUUCCACAUGACAAUUUCUUAUGGGAAGGCAUUGAUGGCUCUACUGUUCUUGUUCAUUUCCCUCCUGCAAAAUCUUACACAUCUGCUGUGACCGUGAAAGAAGUUAAGGAAGCUAUUGACAAACUUCAAGAUAAAGGUCGUGUCUCAUGUAGCAUGAUGCUAUAUGGGCAUGGUGAUGGUGGUGGUGGGCCAACUGAAGAUAUGCUUGAGCGAAUAAAAAGAUUGGCUAACAUAGAUGGAUUACCAAAGGUUCAGCAUGGUACACCUGACCAAUUUUUCACCAAUAUAGAAGACAACCAUAUUAAUAAGCUAUGCAAAUGGUCUGGGGAGUUGUAUUUAGAGCUUCAUAAUGGAACAUACACAACCCAAGCCAAAAUGAAAUUUUUGAACCGACAGUGUGAAAUUUUGUUACGGGAUACAGAACUGUUGCAUAGUGUACUGUUAGCAGCAUGCAGGGAUGAAGAUAAAAAGGCAUAUCCAGAAUUAGAGCUUGAAAGACUUUGGAAAAUUAUGCUGCUUAAUCAAUUUCAUGAUGUUUUGCCUGGGUCAUCUAUUGAAGAUGUGCAUAGAGAGGCUUCCUUCUAUUACAAAGAAGUUGUUAAAGGUGCUGCUGGGUUAAUGGACACUGCUGUGAGACGACUUUUUGGAGUACCUGAAGGUAGAGGUGAAGAAGAAGAGCUUGUGCUGGUGAAUGUGCUAUCUUGGCAGAGGACAGAGCUUAUUAGGGUGCCUUGGUACAAAGAUGAAAUUUCAAGGCGAAUGUGGAUUGAAGGUGUUGGUAAAGCUAUGCAGAAUAUCAGCAAUGAAGGUGGUGGAGGAACUCUUGUUCCUGUAAUAGUUGUACCAAUGGGCUAUCAACUUUUACGUGGUUUAUCAGCUGUAAAAGCACCUGUUCUUGUAGAACUAAAGAAAGAUGGAAGUUUCUUUUUAAAGAAUCAAUUCCUCGAAGCAUUUAUCAAUCCAGAAGGUUGUGUAUCAUCACUUAUUCUAUUAGAAUGUCAAAAAGAAGCUAUUGCACCUGGGUGUGUUGGAAACAAAUUUGUAAUUUUUGAUGAUGUUCCUUUAUAUUGGGAUGCAUGGGAUGUGAUGGAUUAUCAUUUAGAAACAGGGAGAAAUGCUAUAAAGGAAAUUGUAGAGCCCUUGAAAAUUACUGAACAAGGUCCUUUGAGGGCAUCUUUAACGUUUAGAGUGAAAAUAGGAAUAAAUAGUGAAAUGAGACAAAAAAUUUCUAUUGAUGCAGUUCACCCAUAUCUUUUGUUUGAAAGUACGAUAAACUGGGAAGAAAACCACAAGUUUCUAAAAGUGGAAUUUCCUGUAAAUGUUCUGUCAUCCCAAGCUACCUAUGAAAUUCAAUUUGGAAGUUUACAAAGACCAACACAUUGCAAUACAUCCUGGGACUGGGCAAAAUAUGAAGUAUGUGGCCAUAAAUGGGUUGACCUGUCAGAAUAUGAUUGGGGAGUCUCUAUUCUUAAUAAAAGCAAGUAUGGCCAUUCUGUUAGAGGCAAUAAAAUGUACCUGUCUCUUCUUCGAUCGUCUAAAUCACCUGAUGCAAAGGCAGAUAUGGGGAAGCAUAUUAUUACAUAUGCUGUAAUGCCACAUUCAAAAACCUUUCAACAAGCUGGUGUAAUACAACAAGCAUAUCAGUUAAAUUAUCCUCUUCAUAUCUUUCCUACAAGUCAUUUGGCAAAACCAGGAGCUAGUCACUAUGUAACAAAUGCCCACCGUGUGUUACCAUUAGAAAUGCAUGAAUCUUUAAGUUGGUUUCAGGUGAGUGAUUCUGCUGUUGUAAUUGAAACAGUAAAGAAAGCUGAAGACCGCGAUGACUGUCUUGUCGUUCGAAUGUAUGAAUCAUUUGGAAGUCGUGUUAAUGUUGUUUUGAAAAGUUGUCUUCCGAUCCACAAAGCAGUAUUAUGCAAUGCACUUGAAGAUGUAGUGGAAUCUCCUACACAGAAGGUGAAAUGGAAGGGAAACAGUUUGGAACUUAGUUUCAGACCCUAUCAAAUAAUAUCUGUUUUAUUAUAUGUUGAAGUGUAAGGGAUAUGCAAUAAACUUAGUUAAAUAUGCAUUAUUUUCAUAUAAUCGUAGGUUUUCAUAGGUAAGAUAUUUUUUGCAAAGUAUGAAAUUUUACUUUUUAUGAAUUUAUUAUAAUUAAAUAUAUUAUGUGUAAAGAUUUUAAAAAUUGUGAAAAAAUUUUGUAUGAAGAAUUUUAUUGAAAGAUUGAUAUUAUCUUU